UACUUUUUCUCUCGCCGCUGGGUCAUGCCUUGUGGUACAGUUUUGAUGGGAUCCUAAAGGUUGAGACUUUCAUGUGGUACGUUGGUAUUUAGAUUCUAUGAUGUGAUAGAAAAAAUGGGUUUUGGAUUUUAUAGUUAUAUUUUUCUACCCAUUUGACUUAUGUGACCAGUCUGUUCAGGGCAUUGUGGACCCAAGUGGAGUUUUUUGUUUUUGUUUUGUUUAGUUUGGUGUAAGAAUUUUUGGGUUGUGUUCAAUUUGUGCUAUAAUGCUGAAAUCACUAAAAAGCUUGAGCAUUAGAGAAGAAACACACGAAGAUUUGGUUUUGCAUCUGCCAUGUUAAUUACUGGGAGUAGUGUAAGGCCGUCUAGCAAUCACCUCUUCCAAAUUCUGCAGAAACGGUGUCCUUGUGCCUUGGAAACAAUGCAAAAUUACUCUGAGGCAUACAUGAGUUGCCUCUGGAGCAAGACAGUACCAUACAAGCUGCAAUAUAAUAGGAAAUUUGUGGAAGGUUCCCCUCAGGCUAAUGAUGAAAUCAGUAGGCACUCAGGAGUUGGUUUCACAGAACCUGACAGGUCAUUCCACGCCCCGCUCUUUGUGCCUCCUAAUGAAGGUUAUUAUAGACCAAUUCACCUACAAGACUUUUAUGUUUGGUCUGCUUUUCAUGCCAACGCUCAAAUGGCACAAAAGAACCCGUUUUAUGCGCUUGAAAGCCAUUUUUAUCCCAUGAAUCACGAGCACAAUUUUCCUAUGUAUGAUCGACUUGAACCUGUGCCCUUCAGGAUGUCAUCACAAGGUUACCAACCAGGUUUUCAAUUCCAAGAGUUCCAAUAUUUCGUGGUCAUAGAUUUUGAGGCAACCUGUGACAAAGAGAAAUACCCACACCCCCAGGAGAUUAUUGAGUUCCCAUCUGUAAUAGUAAACAGUAUGACUGGCCAACUGGAAGAUUGUUUUCAAAUUUAUGUGCAGCCUACGUGCAAUCAACUUUUAAGUGAUUUCUGCAAGGAGCUUACUGGCAUUCAGCAAGCACAAGUAGACAAAGGUGUUCUUCUAAGUGAAGCUCUACUUUUGCAUGACAAGUGGCUUGAGGGGAAAGGGAUUAAACAUACCAACUUUGCUGUAGUUACAUGGUCAAAUUGGGAUUGUCAGGUAAUGUUGGAAUCUGAGUGCAGAUUAAAGAGGAUCCGCAAACCACCAUAUUUCAACAGAUGGAUCAACCUGAGGGUCCCAUUUCACAAGGUAUUUGGUGCGGUUAAAUGUAACCUAAAAGAGGCUGUUCAGCUGGCUGGCCUGGUAUGGGAAGGCCGUGCUCACUGUGGCCUAGAUGAUGCUAAGAACACCGCUCGUCUGCUUGCCAAUCUAAUGCACCGUGGACUUAGGUUUGCCAUAACUGACUCAUUGAUGUGGCAGUCUGCAAAUUUCCCGUUCUCAAUGCAGCUGGAUCAUCAAUCUGGUGUUCCUCAGCAAUCCUUCAGAAUUAAGCACCCAUCACUGCCUUUCAUCCAAGGUCACCGUUCCCAGGUUGACCCCAGCAAAGAGCGAGGUGUGUUCUGCUAUUGUGGGGUGAAAAGUAGCAAACAAAUGAUUCAAAAACCAGAGCCAAAGCAUGGAAGCUGCUUCUUUGUGUGUGGUAAUUGGACUACCACUAGAGGAGCCCAAUGUUCUUAUUUCGAAUGGGCUACCCCUGACUCAAAAUGAAAAAGGGUUGCGAUCCUUUUUCGAAGAAAAUAAAAGACAACAGGAAAUUACCAACAACAAAAAAGAAGAAAAAAGAAGAAGAAGAAGAAGGAAUUGGAUUAGAAAGGAGAUAGAUAGAUGGUCUCCUAAGGAAGUAAAUUAGCCUUGACUACUUCAAGAGAUAGCUGCUUCUUUCAGUACAUAUUUACAAGCCUUGAAAGGUGUCUCUUCUCAGUUCCUCUUAAGAAGUCUAGUAAGGAAAGUUAACUCUAACUUGUAAAGUUGACUUCUUAUUGAUUAAAAAGAAGUGGGAAAAAAUGGUAUAGCAAUUUUUUCAUUGGAGAUUGAGAAAGCUUUUACCAUGCUGGGACAUGGGGUUUGACUAUCUAAAAUAAUCCUUGAGAUACUUGCUUAAUGCUUUUGACUGAAUGGGAAUGAGCAAUCAUUGAUUGCCUGUUUUCCUCUC